CCACCACUGCUCUUGUAGGGCCGGCGACGGUUGCGACGUUCGGUUUCGCGGACGGAUUCAUUCCCACUUGGAUGUCACGUUUCCUGCGGAAACUGAAGCCCACUUUUUUCGACUUUUCCCACGCCUGGCAAGGCUAAGCAGUAGAGUUCAGGGACGGUGUUUGGAUUUUCCGACGGUGGUCGCAUGUUUGUUUGUUGUACUUGUGUUGCAUGAUUGCACGAUUCAUUACUCAAUGACCGAUGUUUGUUUUAUCCACCAAGUUGAUUGAAGAGGUUCCUGAUGCGAAAAUCAACUCUCAAGGAGUGAGUUGAUGAUACAAUUAUAAACUUAUGCACAUUGAGAGUGAACUGAUUUGAGGCUUUUCUAACUUGGCUCACUCUAGAGGACCAUCGGACGCGUCGUCGCGCUCGCUAUGCCGUAGCUGCUAUGCCGUUCUCGCUGCAGACGUGGUCCACCGUGGCGUCUGCCACUCAUGGCCCAAGCGAGGAUCUGGAGCUGCCGUUGCGAGGCGAAGGGGUGGAGGCUGUCUUUGUAGGCCUAGAGGAGGACGUGAAGGAAGCUGCAAAUGCACAAAUUCAGACAUUCAGUAAUACCAAGGCCAAGUGGGUGCUGCUGUUCUACACGCUGGCACGGAUUCUACUGAAUGUGAUGCUGAUUCUAGGCAAUGCUCCAGAUCCUGCAAGGGCUUGCGAUGGGUCCAUGUCAGAAUCUCUUUUGGUUAUCACCAAUCAGUUGACUGCACUUUGGUUUAGAAGAGGCAUCGAUUGCUCAAAGGGCCCCGAAGGGGGCUUCCGCGCAGUAGUGUCGAUCUCCAUUUUGGAGAGCACUUUGAGGCCACUGAUCACGGCCACUGGAGUCUACUGCUUCUUCACUGCUCGCUUUCGCCCUGAAUCGCCGCUCCACCUCAGGAGCCGCUAUGCUCUUGUAUUGAUGUUGGCCGAUUUCUUCACCGAUCCGAGUAUCAUGUGGCCGAUUUGCACCAGGGCUGAUGACGAUGACCUACAGGUCUUUAUCAUUUUGGGCUUCGGUAUGGCUCCCAUGCUUCGUCAUGGGCUGCUGCUGGCGAUUAACAACAGCAAACUCCGCUCAGUAGGUUGGCAUCACUCUGCCUGCAUUUGUGAUGUACUUAUGGUCAUCGAGUUGACGUUGUUGCUCUGCUGCUUUAUGGUGCAUUGGUGGAGUGCAGUCUACCAUCAGUCCUUGGAUACGAGUUGGCUUCAAGGUUUGGCCAGUGGUGCCACCAUGCUCACGUUCUUUGGCUGCACGAUUUGUGUAGCAAUCACGCAAAUGAUUAUUUUGUGUUGUGCAGGGUGCAAGCUUCGACGGCAAGGUCCCUCAGGGUCCGUGUUGAGAUUGGCGGCACGGUAUGCAACGAUCAGCGCCAUCCAAGUGAUGCUCGACCCCGUGAUGGUGCCAUUGUUGUUCAUGGCACUUGGUGAAGGUUUCGGCAAUUUUGUGGACCAAACCUUGCUUGUCCUACUCAUCGUGUGGCUGAGUGGGGUGCUUGGCCCCUUCCGCCGCUCUAGUGAGUGUUUCCAGACGCUCCAGUGAGCAUUCCGCUGGCCUGACAUGGCCUGACACUAGCUUCAGGGCAUUCCGGGCGUGGCCGAAAAGGGUCUCCGAUCGAUCCAUCGAGCUUCGUCCACUUGGACCCUGAAAGCGGACAGAAAAGGAGGUCUGGAAGGUCACAGUGCUUGCGACAGUCUUUCCUCACAUACCGUAAGGGUCGUCCGAGGACGAUCCUCCGUAGAUCGUCGCGUGACUUACUUCGUUGCUUCUUCCAGCCUGUCAAUGGGAGUCUUCUUACUACACUUCGACUCACUGACAGGGAGGUGGAAAAU